UUCUUCCAUUGUUUUUCACGUUUCUCAAUUGAGACAGUCAAUGGCUCGAAGAAACCUCUUAGUUGCAUUAGUUUCCUUUCUGUUAAUCCUUAAUGUUGCAGGGGUAUUCUCGGCGACAUUUGCUGUGAUAAACAAGUGUAGGCAAACAGUAUGGCCAGGAAUACUAUCAACUGCUAUAUCUUCUCUUAACACAACAGGAUUUCCAUUACAGAAAGAUGAAUCUAGAAUUAUAACCGUUCCGUCGUCAUGGUCAGGUCGGUUUUGGGGUAGAACCAAUUGCAGCCAAAACUCAACCGGGUAUUUUUCUUGCAUAUCAGGUGAUUGUGGUUCAGGAAAAGUUGAAUGUUCAGGACGAUCUGGAAAACCACCAACCACACUAGCUGAAUUCGCAUUAAACACACCUCCGGGGAUUGAUUUCUUCGAAGUUAGACUCAUAGACGGUUUAAAUUUGCCGAUGUUGGUGGUUCCGGAAGGUGGAAAAAGGGGGAAUUGUAUAACGACCAGUUUCACCUGUACAUCUGCGAAUUACGUUAUCACUUUCUGCCCUCCAUUAACCACCAUUAAUAAUGGCCAAAUCCCAGAGGCAGUAGCAGCUAAUACCAUCUCUGCCGGUGAAACUCUAAGCCCUCUUCAAACAAUAACAUCCAAAGAUGGCAGCUUCAAGAUGGGUUUAUUCACACCAGGUAUUUAUAAUUACUACAUUGGUAUCUGGUAUAGCAUUGACACGGUCUCGGUCCAAACAGUAGUUUGGGUUGCUAAUAGAGAUAAACCCAUUAAAGAUCCAACAUCUUCAGAAUUUAAACUCUUAGAAAACGGUAAUCUAGUUCUCUACGACGCAUCCAAAUCCUUAAUCUGGUCUACUAAUUCAGCUUUAAGUGCUUCAAAUACAACUGAAGCAGUUUUAGGUGAUGAUGGGAAUCUUGUUAUCAGAGAUUCGUCUAGUCCGUCUGUUGUGUAUUGGCAGAGUUUUGAUCAUCCAACUCAUAUUUGGUUACCUGGUGCAAAAAUUGGGCUAAAUAAGAAAACUAAUGAAACUCAGGUACUUACUUCAUGGAGAAGUCCAUAUGAUCCAGCUCCGGGAAUUUUCAGCCUGGAGUUGGACCCAACUGGAAUCAGUCAGUAUCUUAUAAAAUGGAACAAGUCCAAAGUGUAUUUGACAAGUGGGGAGUGGAGUGAAGAAGCAAAAAACUUUCCUUUUGUUCCAGAGAUGGGAUCAAAUGACAUUUACAAUUUUAGCUACAUUUCAAAUGAAGAUGAGAGUUACUUUACUUAUAAUCUUAUUAAUAGUUCAAUCCUUGCGAGAUUUGUAUUGGAUGUGUCUGGCCAAAUCAAGCAGUAUACUUUGAGGAAUUUGGUUUGGUCUCAGCCGAAACAAUUUUGUGAUGUUCAUGGUAUCUGUGGACCUUUUGGCAACUGUAACCAGGAUACAUUGAAGUGUGAGUGUUUGCCUGGUUUCGUUGAACGAUAUCCUUCAGAUUGGAAUUUUACGGAUUCAACUGGUGGGUGUAUUAGGAAUUCGUCUUGGGAAUGUGGCCUUCGAAAUGGUUUUUCACCCAUUCCAAUUUCGAAAUUGCCGGAGGAUCCCCAGUCUCGAGAAGUCAAUAGCGCGGAAAGCUGCAAUUCAGCUUGCCAGAAAACAUAUGUCAGAGCAGGGAAUCUCUAUCUCAGACGUGCAGAUUCUGAAAUUCAAACCAAAGAUUUUACAGUCGGAACCAGAAAGGUGGUAAUUUGGAAGAUCGUUGUACCUGUAAUAAUCUCUUUUGCAGCAAUUACAAUGGGCGCAUUAGGAUAUAUGUAUCUGCGCAAGAGGAAUAAGGUUAAUGUAAUAGGAAUAUUAAAAGGACUCCGAGGGAUGUUGAAAGAUCUGUUAAAAACCAAGGCUACCAAGAACAACACUCCAAUUACAAACAUGCUUAAUGGUUUUAAAACUGAAGGAGAAGAACAGGAAUUACAAAUGUUUAACCUUGCUUGUUUAGUCAUUGCUACAAACAACUUCUGCUUGAACAAUAAAUUGGGACAAGGGGGUUUUGGGCCAGUUUAUAAGGGUAAAUUACCAAACGGGCAGCAAAUAGCAGUGAAAAGAUUGUCUAAAAGCUCUGGGCAGGGUAUUCAAGAGUUCAAAAAUGAGGUAGUAUUGAUCUCCAAACUUCAACAUCGCAACCUUGUGAAGCUGCUUGGUUGCUGCGUCGAAGGAGAAGAGAACAUGUUAAUAUAUGAGUACAUGCCCAACAAAAGCAUGGAUGCAUUUCUAUUCGAUCCAGGGAACAAAGCAUGCCUUGAUUGGGAUAAACGGUUCAGUAUUAUUGGAGGGAUUGCUCGUGGGCUUCUUUACCUUCAUCGUGAUUCUCGAUUAAGAGUUAUUCAUAGAGAUCUCAAAGUCAGUAACAUCUUAUUGGAUGAAGACAUGAUCCCAAAAAUUUCAGACUUUGGAAUGGCACGAAUAUUCGGCGGGAACCAAACUAUGGAUAAUACUAGCCGGGUAGUUGGUACAAUGGGUUAUAUGGCUCCGGAGUAUAUGAUUGGGGGGAUAUUCUCGGAGAAGUCUCACGUUUUUAGUUUUGGAGUGCUAGUACUAGAAGUUGUGAGCGGGAAGAGAAAUAACAGCUUCUACAAUCCUGAGCAGCCUUUAAAUCUUCUACUUCAUGCUUGGAGACUUUGGAAUGAAGGCAAAUGGUCAGAGAUUGUCGAUAAGGAUUUAGGUGAUCUGUAUUCUCCAUCUGAAGUGAUCAAAUGCAUACACAUUGGGCUGUUGUGUUGUCAGAAUAGAGUUGUAGAUAGGCCAACCAUGGCUGAAGUUGAUUUCAUGCUUAACUAUGAAACUGAUCGUCCAUCUCCGAAAGAACCUCCCUAUAGUUUCCCAGCAUCAUCAGAUGAUCCUGGUAUUCCACCAAUUCAGUGCUCAAAUAACCAUGUCACCUUGACCACGGUUAAAGGCCGAUAG